AUGGCACAACCUUAUAGAAUUCAGGACAGCAGAAGUGGUAAGCGAAUUCAGCCACAAAACAUGCAAGACAACAACACUGGAAUGGCACGAAAUCAUUUCAAUCGUAGAGACGAUAGAAUUUCACGAACGACAAGUUCUAAAAAUUUGGGUCGGAGCGAGGUAAUUAGCUUCAGCGUUGAAGAAGCAGGAGAAACGUCGAUGAAUGGUAAUGAACCAGCACCUACGGUUGAGGAGGUAAUUGAGUUGAGUGAUAUGAAGAGCGAGUUCAACCCGAAAAUUCCCAAUAACUCAUCUUCUCAAAAUGACACCCAGAAUGCGAUACAACCCAAAUAUCAAGCAGAAAUUCGCCGAAGAAUUCAUUUACACGACCAGAUACGUCCUCAAACUGAAGAAGAACGUGAAUAUUUACCAUCACCACGUGAAGGAUUCACAGAUUUGGAUAAAGAUACGAUUGUGACUUGCUCUAAAUGCAAUCAUGGAUUGGAGAACGGGAC